AUGAAUAGAAACUUCACAAAAACUAAGAUCCAAGUCAAAGAUAAGGGUUGCCUUCUGGAAGGCGACGCUGCUGCAAGGGGCAGAGUGUGCCCGGCUGAGCAAGAACUGCUUCAACCUCCUGUGCUGAUAAUCAGGCCCACCUCCCCCAAAGAGGGGAGCCCAGUGACCUUGACAUGUAUGAUUCGGCCCACUCCACAGAAGUCAGAGGUCCAGCUCCAGUUUCUCUUCUACAGAGACGCCCGAGUCCUGCAGCCAGGCUGGAGUACUUCCCCAGAGUUCCAGAUUCCCUCCAUAAGGAAGGAAGACUCAAACUUUUACUGGUGUGAGACAAAGACAGUGAACAGCGAAAUCAAAAUAAAGAGCUCCAAGUCCCAGAUACAUGUGCACAGAGUCCCUGUGUCUGAUGUGAGCCUGGACACGCGGCCCCCGGGGGGGCAGGUGAUGAAAGGAGACAAGCUAGUCCUCAUCUGCUCCGUUGCUAAGGGCACAGGAGACAUUACCUUCUUAUGGUACAAAGGGUCCCUGGGUUUGAACCUAGAAAGGAAGACCCAGCGUUCCCUGACAGCAGAAUUUGAGAUCCCUUCAGUGAGGGAGAGUGAUGCUGAGUGGUACUACUGUGCAGCUGACAAUGGCUACGGCCCCAGGCUCAGUGGGCUGGUGGGCAUCACUGUCAGAAGUCCAGUGUCUCGUCCUGUCCUCACUCUCAGGGCUCCCAGGGCCCAAGCUAUGGUGGGGGACGUGGUGGAGCUGCACUGUGAAGCCCCCAGAGGUUCUUCUCCACUCCUGUACCGGUUUUAUCAUGAGGAUGCUAUUCUGGAGAACAGCUCAGUCCCCUUUGGGCAAGGAGUGUCCUUCAACCUCUCUCUGACUGCAGAACACUCUGGAAACUACUCCUGUGAAAUUGACAAUGGCCAUGAGCUCCAACACAGUGAGACCGUGACACUCGCUGUCAAAGUGCCCACCGGAGAGAGAAGUGAUCGUCUUACUGCAGGAGUCAUGGAAGGGCUGCUGGGCAGUCUUGGUCCAGCCAUCGUGGCCCUGCUAUUUUGCUGCUGGCUCAAGAAAAAAAUAGGAAGACGCUCAGCCGGGAAUCCUCCCAGGAGCCCUCCCAGCCCUGUACACCAAGAAUCCACUCAUCUCAACUCACUUGAUCCAGGGAAGCUACAGCCUAUAUAUGAAAACGUGAAUGCUGUAAGUGGUGAUGAAAUUUAUUCAUCAGUGUACCAAAUCCAGCAGGAACUGGAUUCAACAGCAGGUGAGACAUGUGGGAAGGAAUUUGAAUCCUCAGACAUUUAUUCUAGGGUGAGGAAGGAAGACUUUACCGAUGUGGACUAUGAAGAUGCUAUGUAA